AUGCAUACCAUCAAUUGGACAGUAGCUCUUGUGCCUUUAAACCUCACCGAAGUUCUAAGCGCACCACAAGUAUCGAUCGGUAUCCCUGGCCUCGACGGCGACGGCACUUUGCUGACCAACACCACUCUCCCCACUACGCUCGCCGCGACCACGACUCCCACCUCAGACCCAUCCCCCACCAUCAUCACAGCUGACCCCUCCAACUGCGACUCCGACCCCGAAGCCUGCGACGAAGCCAUCAACAACGACCCGAACCGCCCUCCAAUCUGCUUCGCCGACGAUCCCACGCAAGCCGACAGCGUGUGCAUCCCAUACUGCCAAAAGAUUUUGGGUUCCGAUCCUCUCGUCCAGCAAUGGGGCCUCACCUCCACCUGCAUCGGAGCACCUGGGAACUUGGCCUGCUUUGCUGUGGACGAGGCCAUCGCUUGGUCAGAGGAUUUGUUGAAGGAUAUAGGGAAAGUCAGUGGGAUGACGGCAUCGAAGUGGGCGAGUGCUGUUCUGACGGUUGGGUCGAAUGUGGUGGCGCAUGGGAGCAAGAUAGGUGACAGUGCCAAUCCUGCUUGUCCGGAUCAUGUCUUCACGGUGGUCGAUCCGAAUGACAUGGAGGCGGAGCUUGGGGCGUUGAACAAGUGCUAG